CAAUGCUGCUACCCUUGUGUCUCCGCUCUCCGUGUGCACCGCUCUCGGCUCGGGCGCGCCUGCACGUACGUAGCUUUCACGUGUGUAUUGAUAUGGAGUUCAUGUGUGGAUACAUAAGAAUAUGCUGAAACAAAUUUCGAAGCUAGGCGCCGAAGACUGGACGAGGGAAGCUAAAGAAGUAAACAGGUCAUGGCACGUUUAACAAAAAGGCGACAGGCGGAUACAAAAGCUAUCCAGCAUCUUUGGGCAGCAAUUGAGAUUAUAAGGAACCAGAAGCAAAUUGCCAACAUUGACCGAAUUACAAAGUAUAUGUCUCGAGUCCACGGUAUGCAUCCAAAAGAGACCACCCGUCAGCUGAGCUUGGCUGUGAAAGAUGGUCUUAUUGUUGAAACUCUAACAGUGGGCUGUAAAGGCUCGAAAGCUGGUAUUGAACAAGAAGGAUAUUGGUUGCCAGGAGAUGAGAUUGCCUACAGUAUGCAGCCUUUCUCCAGGACAGCAACCUCAAACAAGGACUGGGAAACAGAAAAUCAUGACUGGUAUUGUUUUGAAUGCCAUUUGCCUGGAGAGGUGUUGAUAUGUGACCUGUGUUUUCGUGUGUAUCAUUCCAAGUGUUUGUCUGAUGAGUUCAGGCUUAGAGACAGCAGUAGUCACUGGCAGUGCCCAGUUUGCAGGAGCAUUAAAAAGAAGAAUACAAACAAACAGGAGAUGGGCACAUACCUGAGGUUCAUUGUCUCCCGCAUGAAAGAGAGGCCACAUUUAAAACUGAUGUAUCUAACAACCUUUCAGGCUAUAGAUCUUAAUAAGAAGGGGAAGGACAAUAAACAUCCAAUGUACAGGAGACUGGUGCAUUCAGCUGUUGAUGUCCCCACCAUACAAGAGAAAGUGAAUGAGGGGAAAUAUCGAAGUUAUGAAGAAUUCAAAGCUGACGCCCAACUGCUUCUCCACAACACAGUGAUUUUCUAUGGAGCAGACAGUGAGCAAGCUGACAUUGCAAGGAUGUUAUAUAAAGACACGUGUCAUGAGCUUGAUGAACUACAACUUUGCAAAAACUGCUUCUAUUUGUCAAAUGCUCGUCCAGACAAUUGGUUCUGCUAUCCUUGUAUACCUAAUCAUGAGCUGGUUUGGGCUAAAAUGAAAGGUUUUGGGUUUUGGCCAGCCAAAGUCAUGCAGAAAGAGGACAAUCAAGUUGAUGUUCGCUUCUUUGGCCACCACCACCAGAGAGCCUGGAUUCCUUCUGAAAACAUUCAAGACAUCACAGUCAACAUUCACCGGCUGCAUGUGAAACGCAGUAUGGGAUGGAAAAAGGCAUGUGAUGAGCUAGAACUGCACCAGCGUUUCCUUCGUGAAGGAAGAUUUUGGAAGUCUAAGAAUGAGGACCGAGGCGAGGAAGAGGCAGAAUCCAGUAUCUCCUCUACCAGUAACGAGCAGCUGAAGGUCACUCAAGAACCAAGGGCAAAGAAAGGACGACGUAAUCAAAGUGUGGAACCCAAAAAGGAAGAACCAGAGCCUGAAACGGAAGCAGUAAGUUCUAGCCAGGAAAUCCCCACAAUGCCUCAGCCAAUUGAGAAGGUGUCAGUAUCCACGCAGACUAAGAAGUUAAGUGCCUCUUCCCCUAGAAUGCUGCAUCGGAGCACCCAGACCGCCAGCGAUGGGGUCUGUCAGAGCAUGUGCCAUGACAAAUACACCAAAAUUUUCAAUGACUUUAAAGAUCGGAUGAAGUCAGACCACAAGCGAGAGACAGAGAGAGUUGUCCGGGAAGCUCUAGAAAAGCUGCGUUCUGAAAUGGAAGAAGAAAAAAGACAAGCUGUAAGUAAAGCUGUAGCCAACAUGCAGGGUGAGAUGGACAGAAAAUGUAAGCAAGUAAAGGAAAAGUGUAAAGAAGAAUUUGUAGAAGAAAUCAAGAAGCUAGCCACCCAGCACAAACAACUAAUAUCUCAGACCAAGAAGAAACAGUGGUGCUACAACUGUGAGGAGGAGGCCAUGUACCACUGUUGCUGGAACACGUCCUACUGCUCCAUCAAGUGCCAGCAGGAGCACUGGCACGCGGAGCACAAGCGCACCUGCCGCCGGAAAAGAUGAAGCCGGCCCGGUCGCCUGCCCGACGAGUACGCCUCAGACACAGCGGUUUUUGUUUCCAAGAAGCCAAAAUUGUUUAGAAUUUGCUUCCCAUUUUGCACCAGCCUUUAAACACUUUUCGUGAAGAAAUUUUGCACAGUAGUUUAAAUCUUUUGUUAAUGCUCCCCUGGAGUUUUUCAGGGGGUAAAAAGUAACAUCAGUGGAGGGUAUUAUUUUAAAUAAAUUUUAAUUGAGAAUUUGUUGCAUUUUCAGCAAAUUUUAAAACAUUUUUAGGUUUUACAGAGAUUUUAACCUUUAAACAACAGAUCUUAAAAAAAAAACAGGUGAAUACAAGUGAAUUUAACAAAGAAACAUUUAGAAUAGAUCUGAAUGUAAGAACUACAGAACUGUUUCAGAAUAAAACAUACUACCUUGAUGUGACGUUUCUUCCUUAACCUUGUUGAGCUGGUCUGGUUCAGCUUAAUUCACUGUUCAAAGGCAUUAUCUGUUGGUCAUGCCGGUGGGUAUGUGACUGAAUUUAGGGAACAGGGUUGACACAGCAGGGCUAGUCCUGCGUAUUUUUUCUUAAAUAUUUCCCAAUUGUGUUUUUCAUUAUUUCUUUUCAAUAUAUAACUUUUAUAACAAAUUAUUAGCUUUGAUCUUGUAGUUUAAAAUUGCAGGGAACUGGGGUAACCUUUUACUGAGCUGGAUCUUAGAGAAAAUGAUUAUUUAAAUUUUAAAGUUUGCACAUUUCAUCUUUGUCCUAACAUGAGUGCUUGUAACAAAAUAAACAACAAAAAGUAAAACAAAAAGCCAAAAACUACCUUUAUCCAUACAUGAAAUUAUAGAUGAGGCAUACAAAUUUCUCCAAUGCUUCCCUUCCCCUCCCAGAUGACCACCCUAACUGCCUAUUAUCUGGUGUCACUUCUUGUAUGUAAGUUAAUCCUAAAAGGAAAGAAAGCACUUAAGUUUCACAGAAGCCGUUAUGUUUGUAGUAAUGGGUCAUUGCCUACUAAUGAACUCCAUCACUAUACACAGAAUGAAGAAUAAUGCAUGUUAAUUUUCUUGUAUUAAAGAUGCCGUGAUUUGUAAAAAGUCUGUAUUUUGCGGAAUGUCUGGAUUAAGAAGCAUUACCAAUAGGAAUGGAUCGAUAGUUGACCAAUGCUGUCUUUAUACAUAGAUAUAUAAAACACAACCAGGAAAACAAAUUACUUUUCUUUAAAAAUAUCUCACAGUUUAUGUUGUUGGGUUUUUUGUUUUUGUUUUUUUUUUUUGGCAAAGACUGACCUUAGACCAAGUCAAAUUCCCAUUUAUCGUUCAGUUAUUUUUUGAGGUUAGAGAAAUAAUUUGUAAAUAUUUAUUUAGACCUUUGAUAUUUAUUAAAGGAAUUACUCUCAAUGGAAGUGAAAGAAUCAGGAGGAAAGCCUUUUAAAAAGUUUUCUCCAGGUUUGUCAGGGUCACUCUAAAGAUGAAAGUGUAAGUCAGUCUUCUGUGAAACAUCGUCCAUCCAGUCCUGAUGCUGUCGCAGAUGGUGGUGACACAAGUUAAUUGACAAACUACUGCCAAACGGUGCACUCUUUGUACAGCCUCCUGGCAGCCCCGUUUCCCGCAGCUUCCCCACCACGUUCCGCAGUGACUCACUCGGUCAUCGCCCCUCCUCGCUGCUGUGCAACACGCCAGGGGUGCCGCGGCCCCGGUGCAGAUGGAGAGUCAGAACCAAGAACACUUAACCUUCUUUGAUUGUUCUUCAAGUUUUAAAACUUCGAUCCACCCCUAUGAGAGCAAGUUAUUGUGGAAAUAUUUUUGGUGUAAAAUCAUUCCAGAGUAUGUAAUAUUUAACCGAUAGCUGCAUGACAGUGAGAUUCGUGUUACUUUGGCUUUUUUGUCUCUGUUGACACGGUUGCACAUUUCCAAGUUACUACAGUGUGAAAACUGUGUGUUUAAAAAAAAAAACAAAACUAAAAAAAAGAGAUUGUGGCCUGGUUUUGUAAAAGUUUUAGGUAAAAUUACAACUGAUUGUUUUAGGAAUCAUUAUUAAAAUUUUCUGCAAUCAUAAAGCUAUAUCAAGGUGUUGAGCUUAGCCACUAUGCACAUUGUAAUUAUUCAUUGUGGCUGUCCAGUUCUAUGAUGCAUUCUGGCAUUUUGUAAGCUGCUCUGACUAGCAAUAUAUAGAUUCAUUUAAUGUGUUAACAUUGGUUAAUAAAUGUAUUUAAAAAACUG